AUGAAACAACAGCAAAUUGAUUCCAUAGCCAAGAAAAAUCUACAGAGCACUCUAUAUGUUACAACUGAGAACUCACGACCAGAAAUAGCUACGCUGAAACAAACCCUAAAUGAAGCUUCUAGAAAACCCAUGGGUCAAAUGUACGAAUUCCAGAAAAAUGAAAACCUGAUAUUGACGGAAACCCUAUUCGGCAAAGUAGAAGAUUUGCAAAACAAGCAGCCUUUGAUGACGUAUGAUGGAGGCGCGGAAAACACUGCGCCUCAAUCCGACACUGUGCCUCAAGUCGGAGAGCAAAAAUCAUUCAUCAGUAGACAAAUGCAAGAGCUGCCUUUUAAGGAGAAACUUGUUAAAGUACAGCGAACUGCCAUGCUUUUCAACGCCAUGUUUGAAUACCUUAUGCUGGUCCUGCAGUGGUUUGCCGAUAUGCCACAUGUACGACAUAUGCCUGUACCGGGCAGUUUCCGGUACGUUCUAGCUACGAAGUGGUUUAAGCAAUGGAAGAGCUAUGUGGGCUAUGACAGCUGGGAAAACUACAAUGCUGGAGAUGAAAGUGCCAACCCUGGACCUAUUGACAACUCGCCCUUGCUUAAAAUGGGCACUAAGACUCUUAAAAAGCACUUGAUAGAUGACCUUAACUACACCCUCGUGCCUUUUGAGGCUUGGACAGCGCUGGUCUCGUGGUAUUCAAUUACAGAUAACCAGUCCCGAGGCAUGCCCAGCCAGCCGAGCCAAAAAAACAAGUCCGGACAGCCGUCUGGUCAAAUCAAUCAGCCCACUCGAGCGACCGAAGUAAAACUACACAAAGCUAAGGAGCCCUGGAAACCAAGACGUUUUAAACGCGGUACCAGCAAAAAGGAAGUGGCGGGAAACGACGAUGCAGCAGAGGACCUAUACCAGGAGACAGAAUGUCUUCUUGACAGGCUGACAGCGGAGCAGUUUCAGGAAUUCGAGUCACAGAUGAAGGCCCUAAAGAUUGACACGGAAGAUAAAAUGAAGGUGGUCGUUGAUCUUGUCUAUGAGAAGGCCAUGAGUGAACCUAACAUCAGUGUGGCCUACGCCUACAUGUGUAAAUGUCUAUCAAUGAUUCAAGUCCAGUCCAAACAAGGGAAGGUUAUUAACUUUAGAGCCGUGUUGUUGACGCGAUGUCAACGUGAAUUCGAAAUGAACAAUUCGUCAAAUCCCGCCUUUGUCACCAAACACAAUGAAAUCUCCAAACACGAAAAUAAAAGAACAAUAAAAGAAUUAAAAAAAGAACUCCGUUACGAAGAGGCCAAAACCAAACAAAGAUCUCUAGGAAAUAUAAGGUUCAUGGGGGAAUUAUUUAAGGUUAAAAUGUUCAAUGAAAGAAUAAUGCAUGAUUGUGUGUUCACAUUACUUCGGGCUAAGGACCCUGAGAGUUUAGCGUGUGUGUGUAUGUUAUUAACAACUAUAGGAAAAGAACUUGAUACAGACAAUGCCAAGCCCCGUAUGGAUCAGUAUUUCCAACAGAUAGCUAAACUAGCUAACAAAAAAACUACCUCUGCAAGAGUUAGAUUUAUGCUUCAGGAUAUGAUAAAUAUUAGAUUAAACAAGUGGAUACCGCGACGGUCAAACAUCAACAUCAAUAUCAUCGACCAGAUUCACAGGGAAGUCAUACAGGAGAGGCAGGAGCAGGCCCUUCCAACUCAACAAUUCAAAGAACAAUUGAAGUUUCAGAAGGGCGAUCGUUCCAGUCCAACCUUUGGUCAGAUAGUUGUCGGUGGGAGUAGUCAGGUACAUCGUUUGAACAUGGUUGGCAAACAAACAGCGCUCAGCUCAGUAAACCGGUCAAAAGACCCACCACGCAUCAACAUUUCUAAGGAAAACGGGCAUAAGGCAGGCAGAUUUGCUGGCACGGGUGAGAAUUCAACGGGGGGCAACUCUAUCAGGGCCAGAAUGAAGAUUGCAAAAUCCCGUACUCCAGCUGAAAGGUCCGAGGAAUACUUUGGUCGGCGAAUCCCGCGCAAAAGCCCCACGAUUGGAGAAGGACGUGACAGGGUAGGGUUUGGGAGACCACCAAGACUCAAAACCAGACUCUCACAGGAACAGUUGAAUGAGGAUUUUGAUAUCACGAAAGAUGGACACAGCGCACCUGCCCCUGAUAUUCCACUGACAGAAAUCGCAGACCGACUCCACGAUCUAAUCGUUGUGCGGCGGGAGGAUAAUGAGACAAUUUACAACUGGAUCUAGUCUAAUGUUGAUGAGCUGACCACUGCAAAGUCGCAGUUUAUACGGAUGCUUAUGACUGCUGUGUGUCAAAGUGCCAUUAAAGGUGAAAAGGGCAAGGAGAAACUAGAACCAAAGGAUAUCAUCAUACGUAACGACCUGCUGCAGAAGUACCUCGACCAAAAGCCGGUGUUCGAACUCCAGGCACUGUUUGCUCUGCAGUUGCUUGUUGCCAGGCUUGAACACCCACAGGGUCUACUCCAGUGUUUCUUCGACGUCUUUUAUGACGAGGAUAUAAUUAACGAGGAUGCUUUCAUUGAGUGGGAGGAGAGCGAUGACGAACCGGAGGGGGAAGAGGACGGCCCUUAAACAAGUUGUACAGUUUUUCCAAUGGCUUAAAGAGACCGAAGAAGAAAGUUGAGGGUUGCUCAAAGCUAAGGAUAAGAACAAACAAUGAAUAUUUUCACCGGCAUGAUUAUACAUCUAGAGAUUGAGCUUAGUAUUGUUGACACGCAUUCAAAUAUUAAUUUAAAGAAAAUAUAUCGGGUAAAUUCAAGAUACGGUGCGUGAUUAACAUAUGUUAAUAUGAAUUAUAUACUUACAAAUAGCUAAACAAAUGUCAUGGUAUAUGAUUUGACUUGAUUAAUCACGAAGACAUGUUAAAA